AUGGCUCCGUAUGAAACUCUGUAUAGCCGGAAGUGUAGAUCUCCUAUUUGUUGGGAUGAAAUAGGUGAAAGAAAGAUUUUAGACCCAACUACAGUACCAUGGAAUGAGGAGGCAUACGAAAAUGUGAAAUUAAUAUGCCAAAGGAUUCAGAUAGCUCAGAGCCGUCAAAGUUACGCAGAUAAUAGAAGGAAGGAUUUGGAGUUUGUGGUUAGAAAUCAAGUUUUCCUUAAAAUCACUCCUCUAAAAGCAAGUUUGAUGGUAGGGAGAGAAAAGAAGUUGCAACUAAAAUUUGUAGGACCUUAUAAGAUUCACCAAUGUGUGGGAAACGUGGCCUAUAAGUUGGAACUACCAUCAAGUUUGUCUCGAAUUCAUAAUCUUUUCCACGUGUCUAUGCUCAAGAAGUACCACCCAGAUCCCUCCCAUGUACUGCAACCAGAAAAUAUUGAGAUCGACGAGGCACUGACUUAUGAGAAGAAACCAGUGAACCUUCUGGAUCGUAAGGUGAAGGAACGAAGGAAUAAGCAAAUCCCUUCGGUAAAAGUUUUAUGGAGUAAUCAUGGAAUAGAAGAAGCAACUUGGGAAGUAGAGGAGGAGAUUCGACAGAAAUAUCCAAACCUAAUUCUGAAUCAAAGUGCUCAAGAGGGUUUCGAAAGGAAUCCCGGUGUGGACAACUGA